AUGGAUGGUUCUCAUUUUGCAGCUAUCUACUACGGGUCUCCUGCUUGGGCCAAGAAGAAGUCUAUCUGGCCACCGCUCUCGCGUCAUGAUGCCUUUACAGAUAGGGAGGACGACAGUCGCGACGUCCUCACCAAGGUCCCAUCAACGAUCCCAUCCAAAUUGGGCGCUCGAAGUUCCCCGGAGACAGCUCGGGGCAGCACCCUUGGCCAGUACGGAACCAAGACAGAUCUGCUGUACCAUGCGCUCCAUCGCGGCAGCAUCGUCCGAGUGCUCGAGAUCAAGGCUGGUAGUUUUAGCAGCCCCAUCAUCUGCAAGUUCCAUUACGCCGACCUCGACGCCCUGCAUCUGGAGUAUGACGCACUGAGCUACGUGUGGAGUAAGCCCACGUUCGGUUCGCAGACCAAGGACGUGCGGACAGUCACGGUGCAGUGCAACGGCCACGAGCUGAAGAUAUCGCCGAAUCUGGAGCAGGCCAUCCGGCACGUCCGGUCGACCAGCAGGUCGACCUUCCUGUGGGCCGACGCCAUGUGCAUCAACCAGGACGACUCGACCGAGCGGGAGCACCAGGUCUCGCUGAUGGCCUAUAUCUACCGCCGGGCCCGACGAACGAUUAUAUGGCUUGGGGACGCGCCGGUUGGGUCAGGAUCCCGCGGUUUUAUGAUCUCUGAAUCGGAAGACGUCGAGGCCCAGCGGGCUUUUGGGGCUAUCUGUGAUGUCGUGAAUCACUGGAAGUCUCUGAAAACGACAGAAGCUCAAGGCGGAUUCGAGGCUGCCAGCUACCGGAUUGCAAAUGCAGUCGACAACGAAGAUUCGAGAGAGCCCAGUCGCUUGGAGAAUGAUCCUUCCAACCCCAAGCCCGAGCCAUCUGAUCCUGGGAUCGACGCUGACGUAGCCUCGGCACCGACAUCGCCGCUAUGGAAAUCCGUCGCCAGCCUCUUCUCUCGCCCCUGGUUCUGGCGUAUCUGGGUCAUCCAAGAAGUCGUCCUGGCGCAGUCGGCCGUGGUGAAAUGGGGCCACGCGGAGAUGGACUGGAGGUGGAUCGGCCUCGCGUCUGCCAUCCUCCGGACCAACUAUAGCUCCAUCUGCGAGGUGAUGAAGAUGGGCGGCGUCUACAACGCCUACUUCAUGUUCCGGCUCUCUCCGAUGAGCGACCUGCCGCCCUUGACCUUGUCCUUCAUCCAGCUGCUGCGCCUCACGCGGCAGUUCGAGGUGACCGAUGUCCGAGACCGGAUCUACGGUCUGCUCGGCAUCCGCACCACCGACAACGAUCCUGAGGCAGGCCUCCUUUUCCUCCGGCCCGAUUAUUCCAUCUCCGAGUGCGAGCUCUGGAAACGGCUCGCAACCAAGGUCAUCGGCGAGUCCCAGAACCUGUCCUUGCUCUCGAGCGUCCAGUACACCACGGAAGGCUUCGAGGCUGGCAACAGCGCCAGUGAGAGACUCUUUCGGUCCAUGCUCUCGGACGACCGGUAUCCCACAGAGCCGCUACCCUCCUGGGUGCCCCAUUGGGACUUGGUCUACCGUUCCACGUUGGCUCCCUGGGAUCACGACGACCGGUUCGCAGCCGCAAAAGACUUCCCGCUGCACCUCGGCUCUCCGAUGGGCUCCGACAACCUCCUCGUCGAGGGAAUCAAGAUCGGCGUCGUCGGGAGAUGCUGCGGGUACAUGUGGCACCAGGCAGACACGGCGCUCCUCGAGUCAAAGGCGAUGGGUGAUUUCUUCACCUCGGACGACGGCCUGCGCCUCCUGGCUCGGACCUUGACGGCCGGUCGGAACGCCUAUGGCUCCUUGACGGCCGCCGACUCGGGCAGGGACAGCGAGAGCUGUCUCGCAGAUUUUGCGGCCUACAUCCUCGACUGCGACAGAAACGAACGUGAAGGACGCGAGAAGAGGCCCUACCAGAAGGUGUUCGAGCGCCACCCACAGCUCAAAAAGAGGCUCGAGAAGCUGGCCGAAGGCAGAGACAUGUCGCGAUUCUACAACUCCGUGGUUUCUAUAUGCAAACGCCGACGCCUCUUCAUCACCCUGAAUGGGUAUCUCGGUCUCGGGUCCGACUCAGUGAUCGAGGGGGAUGUCGUCUGCGUCUUGUCCGGCGCCGAUCUCCCCUUUGUCUUGCGCCCCGUAUUACGGCGGCGGGAGACCAAUAAUGAUGACAAGAACACCGAGCAGCUGCGCCCGGAUGAGCUUCCGCAGAUCGACCAUUACGUCCUGGUCGGCGAGUGCUACGUUGAAGGUCUGAUGAACGGCGAGGCGGUCGCUGCAGUCACAGGGGGCAGCGACCCGUCGGAAUUCUCUGGCCCGGUGCCGUUUCAGCUGCUCGAGGAGGACAUACUGUCGGCGGCGAACGAGCCAGAGGAGGUCAUCACGCAGGGCCUCAUGGCCGAGAUCAAGCGCACCAAGAUGAAGCAGGCGCGGCUGGACGCGGGGGAUCUGUUCACGCCGGCGAUGGUCGAGGCGGCUAGGCGCACCAGGGCGGAGAAGCAGUGGUUUAAUAUUCAUUGA